GCAGCUGACUGCAAAGUCAACCCCCUCCCCACUUAAACAGCGGAGACGAGAACAGGUGCAGACGGAGAAGAGCUGCUUUCGACGUGCUGAGGUGGAAAUGGAGGCCACGUGUCACUGAGGUCAAGAUGGGCAUGAGGUUAAGAGAAAGCUCGGGGAGGACCAAGAACCGUGGAAUUCGUUACAGUAGCAUCACAAGGAUGUAUACGUGUCCUAGGACUCGACGAUCUGCCGAGGCGGGGGGAACGGGGAGGCCAGACAACGAACUACUGCACGUAGACAGGACGUGGAAUGACGCUCAAGCGGCUCAACGGCCGCUUGCCGCGGACUUGAACGUGGCGAGUGCGCAAAAGGAGCGAAAAGGAGGAGGGGGAGGAGGAGAAGGAGGCGGAGGAGGAAGGAGAGGAGGAGGAGGAGGAGGAGUAGGGAGAGGAGAUGUCAAGACUAGUCGAUGGCCACUGCGGGUAGUUGGGGUGGUGGUACUGCUUGUCAUCUCCUUAGUCGUUCAUCCCUGUCCAUGUGAUGCGGUGCCUGAUGGGUGUAGCGGUCUGCUAGCGAGCGUAUCGGCUUCGUGUAACGUGAUGGAUGUUCUUCUACAGAGGCUGUCCCGAGACUCCACGUGCUGCGCGGCCGUGGUUGCUGCGAAUCGUCAGUUCUGCUUCUGCGAUGAAGAGCUCGUCAAAUCGAUAUCAACAGUGUUCGGCAUCUCCACGUCAAUAGCUCCCAAGGUCGCCGACGUCUGCGGCGUGCCUGCCGACGAGGUCCGCAUCUAUCACGUCAGCGGCUGCCCAGGGAAAGAGGCCCGAUUGCUGCGACAGGGCGUUGAAGACGGAACUUUGGAACCCCCUGGGCGUGGAAGCCCUUACGAACUCGGGAUCAAGAUCGCCGAGAAACCCGUAAGCUUGCAGGACAUCGAUGACGGCGUAACACCAGAAGAACACGUGGCAAUCCGGGAAGAAGACGUCCAGAUGGUCACCACAGUGUUCUCCUGGCGAUCAGACAACUCAUUUAUCUUAGCCCCUCCGUCGGGGAACGAUAGAAAAGUGGUUACGAAACAGUCCACUACGGACGUCCCUCUCUCUUUUCGGAUCAAGCAAUUGGAUGUGUCGAUCCUUGAUGCCGGCAACGGCGGCAAGUGGGUGGAGUGGUCGAAUGCGUACGUCGCUCUCAACUUCUGCCUUUUCGAAGUGGUGUUCCAUUGGGCGGAGCCGGCCGAUAAGGACGAAGAGGACGAGAACAAACGUGGAAGGGGAGCUGUUGGGGAUUUUGUUCGGCAAGCUGGUCAUCGACGUGACCAAUCUCACCUUGUGGGAUCCGAUCGCCCGAAGAGUGGAGGUGGAAGGAGAAGCCGACGACGAGGAGGAAGGGAAGAAAGAGAGGAGGUGAGCGAACAAGACGAAGAAGAAAACUCAGGGGCGGAAUCUGACGAUCCCAAUUACCACGAGUCUGAGGAGGGCGAGCUGGAAGAAAGUGAGUCGGGCGAAUCGGAAAGUUCCAACGAACGGAGUAAGGAGGAAGACGAAGCCGCAACCCAGAAGAGGCGGGAAAGGGCGGAAGGAAAGCGACCCGUAGAAGAGUCGGACGGACCCGCGGUGCGGCUACUACAAGGAGAUCCGACGCGCAAUCCAGAGCCACCACAAGAGGAGCCCGGAGAGGAUGGCAUCACCAACGCAGAGGGAUCCGGAAGCCGACGCCGUAGAAGUUCUUCGCCGGCUCGAUGCUCUCCACCACCACGGCCCACCGUUCGCAUACGUGGAGAUGCGGGCGUUGGGGCUUCGUCCCCGGUCAUUAUCCCGCUGUCCCCUUGAUUACCUCACCAUCCAUCAGCUCG